AUGAACACUUCUCGUAUCACUCCGAUACAGUCCAGCUCUCCGGUCUCCAAGCGUCAUUCGAAGCAGUCUCUGAACCAUCUUCUCAACUUUACACUACCUCCUCGAGUACAGCACCCUCCUCCUUUGCCGCGAAGACCUAGACGCUCCGUUCGACAGCUGAGCUGGAACAAAGAGAAAUUCAUCAAUGCGCAAUAUAGGUUUGUAGUGCGUCCGACUGGCGAUUAUACCGUACAUUUUGCGGAUCCCGAUAUUUAUUUUCAGUGGAAAGACAUUCUUCAAGUCAUAAUUUCAAGACCGGCUUCCGAUGGAAAUGGCGCUGGCUGCGAUAGUGCCGCUAAUUGCCCAAUAUGUUUGUCGCUGCCUGUUGCACCGAGGAUCACGAGAUGUGGACAUGUGUUCUGCUAUCCUUGCAUACUGCAUUAUCUCGAAACUGGCGACAACACCAAGUGGAACCGAUGCCCAAUAUGUUUCGAUCCAAUAACAUCCGGCCAGCUGAAAGUUGUCCAAUGGUCAUACGCUCCGUGCUCCCCUCCGCCCGCUCCCCACCACAAGUUGACGUUACGUCUAAUGGAGCGGCCUCAUAACACGACUCUAGCGUUGCCACGAUCCAGCACAUGGCCUUCUUUACCCUCUUUAGAAAUCCUUCCACCCCAUGAAGCCCCAUUCCAUUUUCUUCCAGACGUUCUUAAUUUCUCUAAAUUUAUGCUGGCUACCCCGGACCAGUUAGUUCUUGAUAUAUCUCGCGAUAUUGAGGACUUGGAUCGGGAAGCGCAGCUGUUGCUCUCAUAUAGUGACACAUUGGGAAUUUCCUUUGUUCACAGAGCGCGCGAGCAGUGCGUUGCGAUGCUGCGAGACGCGCAGAAGAUGGAAGAGGACGGUUCCCUAAUGCAAAGCAUUGAGGAGAAACGCCUGCUACUCCGGGAGGCGCAGCGCACCGCUGAGAUCCGAGCGCCACACGCAGCUGUGUCAUCACUGACGUUUGUUGAACGCCCUACUCCCGAACACACUCAGUAUCAGAGCCCCGAAGCGCUGGUUUCUACAGGGUUAGCCCCUAUUCUGCUUCCGAUGAAUCAAGGUCGAAGCGCGCGUCAAAGACGAAACGUUAACCCCCCUCCUCAUUCGACGCCCAAUUACAUCUUUUACCAGGCCGCGACAGGCGCUAAUACUUUCCUCCAUCCGCUCGACACCCGCAUUCUCCUAUCCCAUUUUGGCACCCACGCGGCGUUCCCGAACGAAAUUACUGUUGGUGUGGCGUCAAGUUCGGAAAGCACAGUUGACGAUGAUUUGAGAAGGCGCUGCAGAUAUUUGGGUCAUCUUGCGGAGGGGGCUGAUGUUGUGUUCAUCGAAGCGGAUCUUGAGGCCGUUGUUGGGCUAGAGUCCCUAAAGCCUUUCGAAAACGUUUUGAAAAUUCGGCUUUCUCGGCGAAAAGAUCCUCGCAUCAAAGCGGAAGGGAAAGAGAUGGCGAAACUUAUGGACAUCCUGUCGGUCUCUCAGUCUCAAGUGCUGUUGCAUGAUCGGGGAGAUGAACGCCAGAUUACGGAUGAAUCUCAAGAUGGUGAUGGCGAUGAAGGUUAUAGUGAUGGGAAUGUUGAUUUCAAUGUCGAGAGUGGCGCAUCAGUGGCACAUCCGCCACAAGCGGCAAUUUCUACCACGGGAGCUUGGGGCGCUCGAUCAUUUGCCUCGGCUGCUCAUUCGGGAGUUGCCUCUAUCGGACAAACCAUCAAUCCCCCUCGGUCUCGGCUUGCCAGAAAUGAACCUCCCACGGACUGGAAUUAUGACGAAGCGUGGCAUGAUUUGGAGGAAGCUCAGCUCAAUGGCAAGCGCGGGAGAAGCAAGAAGCUCAUCUUGCUCGGUGGCGGUGGAGGACGCCGUGGCCGCAAUUAG